AUGGCCAUCCAUGGCGGGGCAUCCUGGCUCGCUGCUGUAAGCCUGUCGUUGCUCGCGCUCGCGCUGCAGGGUGCGGCGGCGGAGACGCUCGUGCCGGCGAUGUUCGUGUUCGGGGACUCCACGGUGGACGUCGGCAACAACAACUUCCUCGAGAGGUGCAACGUCAGCUGCAAAGCCAACUACCCGCACUUCGGCGUGGACUACAUCGACCAGGCACCCACCGGCAGGUUCAGCAAUGGCUACAACCUGGCGGAUCAGCUAGCGCAGCUGCUUGGCUUCGCCGAGAGCCCGCCGCCUCUCCUGUCGCUGUCGAACGCGACGAGCCUCAUCUCGCGGAUGAGCACGGGCAUCAGCUUCGCGCACGGGGGAUCGGGCAUCCGUCCUGAAACCGGCAAUGGGCCAGUGUGUACGCAAGUUGUGUCCAUGGCUGAGCAGGUCAGGAACUUCACGAACCUUGCUCGACUGUGGGCAAGUGGUAACGACAACAGGUCAUCGGCCGCCGAUCUCUUAUCCCAAUCUCUCUUCUUCAUCAGCACCGGCAGCAACGACCUGUUCGAGUACGCGGACAUAGGCCCCCAGAACAACGACACCGAGCUGUUGCAAGGUCUCGUCGCCUCCUACGCAGCCUAUCUGAAGGACCUGUACAGCGCCGGGGCAAAGAGAUUCAGCGUCGUCAGCACGUCGCUGGUGGGCUGCUGCCCGUCGCAGCUGGCCAUAGCUCACGACCCCAGCAACCCCAAGGGCAUCGACAAGUACGGGUGCUUCGCCGCGCUGAACAACCUCUCCGGCCAGCUCUACCCCAUGUUCGACGCCAUGCUGCAGGGCCUCAGCCAGGAACUGCCCGGCAUGAACUACUCCUUGGUGAACUCGAUCAAGAUGGCCGAGUGGGUCUUCGAGAGCCCCGCCACGCCAACCUACAACUUCACGGUCCUCGACAUCGCGUGCUGCGGCGGGGGGCAGUUUGGAGCAGACGGGUGCAACUCCUCGGCUCCCCUGUGCCCGAACCGCAGCAACCACCUCUUCUGGGACGAUUACCACACCACCGAGGCCGCGUCGCGGAUCGCUGCGAGCAUGAUAUUCAGCGACCCCACCGGGCUCUUCGUACACCCCAUCAACGUGCACCAGCUGGUCGGCGGUGGAGCUGCCGCCACCGUAGAUAAUACUAUAUGAAUUUUCUUUGUAGCCGCAGGAGGGAAAAAAACUAUAUUCAUAUGCGCCAUGAUUCAUGUAUGUGUGAUCAGCAAUGAUACAGGUUUGGAAUUUAUUUGAAUUGCGGGGUUGCCAGA